AUGAAUAAUUCGUGUUUACAAGACGUGAAAGAUUUCUUUGAAAAUAAUUCAAAUUCGGAAAUUAUACUAAAGCAAGAAAAGAUUCACGCGUCCGAAUAUCGUGCUGAAAUUCGUAUUACCUUUGUAGUCGAAACAAUCUAUCAAAUAAGUCUAAAUGCUUUUUUUUUACAUUUAAUAUUAUUAUUGUCCAGAAUUUUGACAAACUUACGAAGAAAUUGGGAUACAAAAGAAGAUCAAAAACUCAGAGAAUGGAAACAUAAUACAACGUUAUUAGACCAAAAAGCAAAAGAGUAUCAACUGAAAUUAUCACGAUUAGAGAGACAAUAUGAUGCAAUGAAUAUUGAGGGAGGUGGAUUACGAUUUCAAGAUUUAAAGAACAAAGAAGAGCAAGUCGAAGCCCUGGAACAUUUAGUAAAGGAUAAAGCAAAAAAGUUGAAAACUUAUCAA